AAUGUGUCGUUUUUGUGCGUCAGGAGCCGAUCGGACGUUGAUGCUGUAUUAUCUGCGGGGAAUGCCGGUUAGAAACUGCAAAAAAGUAAUCCAAAGUCGCGUCAUCUCGUGUGGGAUUAGUGAGCAAUAUCCUGGAAUGAGAAUAAAAUGAAGACUCGCUGUUAUGUCUUCAUCCUAUAAGAUGAAACAAGUGGCUUUUAUGUGAAAUAUUAUGUAGUAAUCGCAUGGGCGGGGAAAAAACCUGGAAAAACGAUGUCUCGAGUCCGUUUAUCACAGAUGUCCUGGGCAGCAGCGCUCGCCUCUUUGAAGGCGAUAUGUAAGAUUGAGCGAGCCACCACAUGGCCACGCCCCCCGGAAGAGGCAGCACAACAGGAUGCUUCGACCCGGUCUCCAUUCUGCUACCAGGCACCAAGUCUCCCAAGAAGUAUGAAGGCUUAGACAGUGGCCCCAAAGGAAUCCUGCCUUGCAGCACAAAAGGUGACAUGGAUAACAAAAAGAAGCCGUCCGUUUCUCCCAACACUGGAAACUAUGUGUACUGGUCCUCCUCGUUUCUACGGCAACCAGCCCGGGUCCUCAUUGUAGAGGCACUGCCUCCCUGGUGGUCCAACACCUGCCCGGUACUCUGCGAUGCCCUUGAUAACUUCUUGUCUCUGGCCUGUAGUCUGGACGGACCCUGUAGGCUCCCACACUUAAGCUUGUACUCCAUCAGCAGGCAGCAGGAAUGUCUGCUCCCAUUUGUGCAAGUUCGCGGUAACCUGGCUAGGUUGCGUGCCUGCGUGGAAGAGUUGAGGUCGAUACCGAGUGAAGGUUGCAGCAGAGGAACAGUCAGAGGAGGUGAGAUGCUGCGACAGGCGGUGCUGGACAGCUUACAGCAGUUUAAACAGUACAUGAAACAUAUCGGGGCCAGCAGCCAGGCCAACGGCAACACGUGCAUAGAGGUUACGGUGGUGACCGGCCGACCAGGUCGAGGCAUUGUUCACCUUUUGGAAAAAGGGCUGACAGAUGCCGACCUGGUUCCACUCAAACGCCUUUUGGUGGUACAGCUCCACAGUGAGGCAGAGUGUGGUCAAGAUGCUCCCUCACCUGAAGCUUCAAGCGGUGCUAGUCAAGAUCAUCUGAUGUUGGUGGAUCUGCAGCUGGUGGACAACAAUGUAAUAGCAGUGGAGUCCAUGUUAAAAACAUGGCUUCAAGAGCAAGGCGGGAACCAGGAACACCUCAACCUUCUUCUGCCUGCCCCGAUGGAAAAUGCCGUUCCAGUGUGCAUUAUGUGUGACAAGCAGGAGCGUCUGAUCAGCCCCGCCCUCGUUCCACUGGCCCCCCAACUCGGAGUGAAGACGGAGAGCAUCCGUGACUUUAUGUCUGUCUCUAAGGGCUCAGCCAAUCAGAGCCAAGUACCACAGAAGCUGAGAGCAAUCAAGGCCCUGCGUGCUGAUGCCGUGUGUGAAAGCCUGUUGUACGGCCUGCCGUUGGUGAUCCGCCCCACCACCUGCUGGCAGCUGGACUGGGAUGAGAUGGAGAGCAACCACCACUUGUUUCAUGCUCUCUGCUGCACAUUACGGAGUCGUGACAUGUUCCUGCUGCUGCAGGUAGAAUCCACACAGAGGCUGACACCCGGAGGCUCAGGUGUGUUUUCCCAUUAUAUCCUCCAGCCCUCUGCAUCUCUCUCCUGUCUCCUGAAGCCGGUGAUCUCCAGAGAACUGUGGUUGCCUUGCACCCACUCUGUGCCAGCGCAGGAGCCCACACCUGAGGCCGUGCAGGUCAUACAAGGCUGUUUCACCCACAUGGACGAGGAGGCUGUGUUCAAUCCCCUCUCUCUGAGCAGCAACCUCUACCAGCACCUCAGGAGCCAAGGCCUGCUCAACCAGUCACGAUAUCCCUACAGGCUGCAGCCAGCUACCAAUAGAUACCAGCCUCAGCCACCAGAUGGCGGUAAAUCCACAGCCAGCAGGCAACCACGGCAGCAACAACAAAAUCAGGCACGUCAACCGGGAAUGAACAGCAAGGUCAGGGCCACCGUGUCCCCUAUGCCCUCCUCUUGUUCCUCCUCACUGGGACUCCCGCCUUCCAAGGGCUCUCGUCCCAUUUUGACCUUCCUGAGCGGUGGCAGCCAUGAGGCUUCAGCCCCUGCUCAUCGGGAGCGGUGCGAUGAUAGCCCUCUGGUAAGACUGGAAGAGGACUGAUGGGUGAGAGAGGAGGUAAAGUGAUACAAAGUACAUUUAGCACACACACACACACACACACACAGCUAUCUCCAUUCUCUAAUUCUUCCACUCAUCAUUAGUCAAUUGUCAGCACAUUGGCUGACAAAGGAACAUUAGGACAGCUUCCAAAUUCCACCCCAUAAACAAGAAAAAGAUGAGAAGAAGGGAAACAGCUAGACCAGGGGUGGGCAAACUUUUUGACUCGCGGGCCGCAUUGAUAUAACAAAAUUUCCGUGGGGGGGGGCAGACUAUAUAUUUUACACGUAACAGUCCACCUGGUAUUAUUGUAUCUGUAAAAUUGUCAUGCAAUCUGCUAUUAUUAUUUAUUAUUUUAUAUUUAUAUUUAAAUAUUUUAAAAAUAAUAAAAUAUUAUACUAAUUAAAAUAAAAUUAAAAUAAUAAUUAUUAUAUUAUUAUUAUGUAAAAUAUGCAAAUAUAACAAUAUUAGUAUAUAUAUUUAAUAUAAUAAUUAGCAUUAAUAUAAUAAAUAUAGUAAUCAUAAUAGUUAUAAUAAUAAUAUAAUAAUUGUUAUUUUAAUUUUUAUUAUUAUUAUUAUGUAUUUUGUGUCUUUUUUCAGGAGCACUUUGUAAACAACAGACCAUGUCAAACAACGAAAUUGAUACAACCAUCAAAAGGUUGGCUCAGGCCAUGAUGCCAGGUUGUAUGUUGAGUUUAAAUUAAAUACUUUUGAAAGAUUGGGCGGGCCGUAUUCAAACACUUGGCGGGCCGGAUGUGGCCCCCGGGCCGUAGUUUGCCCACCCCUGAGCUAGACAAUGGGUACAAUGGAAGAGUGCGUGUUAAAAACAAAUGACAAAAAAAAGGGGAAUAAAAGUAUGGAACACACAAGCCUGAUACAGGAAAAAGCCAUUUCCAAAUGGUAUUGACAUGUAGACAUGGACAACACAGCUUUACUGUUUUAAUGAGACCCAGGAAAAAAAAAGAGAGGCCUCUUGACUCUUUCACCCCCCGUUCAGAGCUCUCUGUGGGGGUUGAAAGGUGCCGUACAUCAGAGAAUUUUUUUCACUAUAUUUUUGAGAAUUGGAAAUAUGACAAAAUAUAGUUGUGUGUAUGUGCGUCACACGCGUUUGAAAUGAAGUCAAUGCAAGUUCAUGCCUUUACGCAACAGACACAUUUUGCAAGUAUUUGUUAAGGAAUUGACUCAUUCUCAUAUUGCUGCGUUGCUCUCAUGCAUUACCAUUAAUUAUAUAUUCCUCACAUAAGAGCUCCAUCUCUCUCUCUUCCACGCACACACACAUACAAUCCGGCUUUAAUCAGUCUCCCGCCAUUCCACCCCCAUGCUGAACCUUGUCACACCAGAAACGACCCAGUGACAAAUUACCUCAUGGCGUUGUGAUGUCACAGGACUUCCGCAUUCAGAAACGUUAAACACAACGACUCUUUUGUCUCCAAAAGAGAAUUUGUGAGAACCUAAGAAAGUUUUCCUAGAGACAUUUUGAUUUGUUUCUGUCCUUGGUUCUUUGUUUGGGUUCCUCUUGCUACCUGUUUUGUCAUUGUGUGUAAAUUCAAUAAGGUGGUUUGAAUAGAAAAUUAAAAAAAGCAGUUCCUGUUUCAGCGUGUUAACUGUGAGGCAGAACUGCAAUAGCGUAAAUGUGAUUUUUGUGUGAGUGUGCACGUAUAUCUUCUUAGUUUAGGAGAUGUUUACAUUUUCUGACACCUUUUAUUCCUGUUUGGUGUUUAUAUUUUGUCCGUGGUGAUGUUUUGUGUUACCCUGAAGUUGCACACAGUUGUGUCAGUGAUGUCAUUUCAUUGUUAAUAAAUUAUCUAUUAUCUAUCUAUAA